UGGUAUUUGAAACUGUCCCAUUCACUCACUUCUCGUCGCGCCUCCAUUCUCAAAUCUUCCACACGACGGCGACUGCGAGUCCAGCUGAAUCACACCGGAAAGAAGAAAAAUAUACGCCGGAGGGAGCCGUUCAGGUGUUAUGAUUCUUAACAUAGUGUUCUUCACGCCAUACUCAAAUCAAACAAAAAAAACACCUAGUAUUCCCUAGUUUCUUCUUCCACACACGAAACUCCCUCUCACCCUAUCUCGUGUACUCCGCCUUCUGCGUAUAAAACAACACUCUCGCGCAUCGUUGUUCCUCCUUCGCUACAGCAGUUGUCGAAGUUGGGCGGUGGAAAAAAGAUCGGAGGCUGCGGAAGGGGAGAGAAGGAAAAAGAAGAGGAGAAAUGGCGCCUAGGCUGAGUCCGGGCGACGCUACGGGAUUUAAGCUGCUCUUCCUCCUUGCGGCGCUGUACGGACUCAUGUCCGUGCUCGUCUACUCCGUACUCCACAUGAAGUUUAUUACGCCGCUCGCCGUCGACGCGCCUCCGGAUCGUUUCUCCGAGGCACGCGCCGUCGAGCACGUUCGCGCCUUAACGAGAACUGGACGCCAGGAAGGGCGUCCUGGUUUGAGAGAAGCUGCAAAUUACAUUAGAACGGAGCUUGAAGCGAUAAGAGGAAGAUCUGGCUCAGGUUACAGAAUUGAGAUUGAAGAGACUGCAGUUAACGGUUCCUUCAAUAUGAUGUUCUUAGGCCAUAGCAUAUCCCUGGGAUACAGAAAUCAUACUAAUUUGAUCAUGAGGAUGUCAUCGGUAGAUUCACCAAGCGAUGAUGCUUCUGUUCUAAUAAAUGGCCAUUUUGAUAGUCCACUUGGCUCUGUAGGAGCUGGCGAUUGUGGUUCUUGUGUUGCAUCAAUGCUGGAAGUUGCAAGAGUUAUUGUGGACUCUGGCUGGAUCCCUCCUCGUCCUAUUAUAUUCCUUUUCAACGGGGCUGAAGAACUUUUCAUGUUGGCUGCGCAUGGUUUCAUGACAACACAUGAAUGGCGGCAUUCUAUUGGAGCUUCCAUAAAUGUGGAAGCAUCUGGGACAGGAGGACCUGAUUUAGUUUGCCAAUCUGGACCUAGUUCAUGGCCCUCUCAAUUAUAUGCCCAGUCUGCUAUUUACCCCAUGGCUCACAGUGCUGCUCAGGAUGUUUUUCCUAUUAUUCCCGGCGACACAGAUUACAGAAUGUUUUCCCAGGAUUAUGGGAACAUCCCCAGCCUGGAUAUCAUCUUUCUUCUAGGCGGAUAUUAUUACCAUACUUCCUUUGACACCGUGGACAAACUACUGUACGCAUUACAUCUGCUAUUUUGGUAUAAAAUUAUUGCUAUACCUGGAUCCAUGCAAGCACGUGGAGAAAACUUUCUGAGUGUACUCAAAGGCUUUACAAAUUCUUCCAAGCUACGAAGUGCCCAAGAAAGAAAUUCUCUUGAAGCAGCAAAUGACUAUGAUGAUGAGCGUGCUGUUUUCUUCGAUUAUUUGACUUGGUUCUUGGUGCUAUAUUCAAAAAGAGUUGCAAGAGUACUGCAUAGUGGUCCCAUCGUUCUCUUUCUUGCUAUGCCGUUGAUUUUUUGUUUUCUUGAUUCUGGGCGUCGUUCUUGGUUUACAACUUUCUGCGACCUUAUGAAAGGUGGAUCUUUUCCAGGAAUGAUGUUGCAUGCAAGUGGAUUUAUCCUGGCUAUUCUUUGCCCCGUUGCCUUUUCCAUCGCCAGAUUAUUUUUCUCCGGUUGUGCUAUGAGCUGGUUUGCUCGUCCGUACUUGGCAUACAUGAUGUUUAUCCCUUGUUCGCUUCUCGGUUUGCUGAUACCAAGGGCCAUUUGGAGUUCUUUGCCUCCCUCUCUGGAUGCUUCCAACCUUGAGAAAUCCAAGGAGGCAUUAUCUGAUGAAGCAAGGUUUUGGGGAGCAUUUGGAUUGUAUGCUGUCAUAACUCAGGCUUAUACUGCAGCUGGGCUCAGUGGCGGAUUCUUGGCCUUUUUAAUUUCAGCUUCUAUGCUUCUAGCUUGGAUCUUCUUUUGCCUUUCUGUCAAAUUUUAUGGUCAUCAAACACUUCGGUCAACAAUCUCUUAUAUAAUACCUCUGGUCCCUUACCUCAUAUAUGGCGUAUAUUUUGGUGCAUUUCUCAUCCAAUUUUUGAUCGAGAAGACGGGAAUGGUGGGCGCUGUCCCACCCCCAUAUGGAUAUUAUGUUCCCGAUGUUCUGGUGGCAGCAGUAAUUGGACUUGUAACUAGUUGGUGUUUCGGCCCUUUAGUACCUGUUUUGGGUUGGUGGUUAGCUAGGUCAUCCAUUUUGAAGUUCUUGUUGCAUAUUACCGUGGUUGCCAUGGCGGUCUCCUCACAGUUCUUCCCAUACAGCAACCUAGCCCCUAAAAGGCUUGUUUUCCAGCAUACCGUCGUGACUACGGAUGGAAGUAAGAUUAUGGACUCAAGCUACCAUUUCGCUGUGGUGGAUUCGAAUUCUCUGAACUUUCUUUUCAAACAUUCGCCUGAAGUGGCGAAGCAACUGCAAAUUGGCUCAGAUUUCUCUCUGGGUACUGCUAAUAAGUCUCAACUCCACGACUGGGUGGCACUUUUCCCAGUAUCUCACCUGUUCUCUGGAAGUCUGAAGUUUCCUGCUAGCAACCACGAGCUCCUGAAGCAGUAUCAACGGUUCCCUCAUCUGUACAACUCCAAGCCUGCUACUGUCUCUGGUGAUGGAUCCCGGAGAGUUCACUUGGAGCUUUCUUUGGGCGACUCAAAGGAAGUGUGGGUCACAGUCCUCAACAUUACGGGUCCCUUAUCGAGCUGGUCCUUCGCAGACAACAAAAUUCCAGCUCCUGAAGUCAUCAGUGAAGGCCCUGCGUCGUUCAUCUGUAGGCUCAGCGGAUCAAGCCAUGAAACUUGGACAUUCUGGCUAGAGGCUAGCAGUUCGGAGAACCUGAGAGUGGACGUGGCGGUGUUAGAUCAAGCUUUGGUCGACGAAACGGAGAAGUUGAAGGGGCUCUUCCCCGACUGGGUCGAUGUCACUGCCUAUACUGGUUUCUUGUCCAGCUAUGUGUUUUAAUCAACUUAUAGCGCUGUACUCUUCUUGCAACGCUAGUCGAAUAAGGUGAUUUAAGAGUAGAAUAGGAGAAACUCGAGCCAUUGUUUUGGCUUCUCUAGAAGGAACACGCAUGAAUUUAGGGCACAAAAAAUUCAAGCUUCCGUUAACACGACAAAUGUCUCUUGGCCAAAUUUGCAAUUGUUGCCAAGAAUCGAAUAGCAGCUCGAUUUCUCUCUGAUUGAAACAUGAGAUUUGCUUCUGUAUCUCGUUAGUCUACCGUGGAAGAAAGUACUUAUUCAUGAAGGCUUGGAAAAGAUCCCAGUGAAAUGUUCGCAGAGGAUAGAAAUCGAGUCACUGCUUCACAAUUCAUUGACGUGAGAAAG